UGCUUUUAACAUGGGGUGGUAUUUUCAAUAAAUUAAAACAACACGGUUAGCGGGACCAUAUUUUCUUCCGUUGUCUGGAACUCUUGAGGGGAAAUGGCAGGAGCCAUGGCCAUUAAUGGGUUGCGUAAGUGUUUAUACCUCGGAGUAUAUUGAUGUUUGUCAUGUACUCUGGGUUUGGACCAAUCACAUGGGAAUGUGCGAGAUAAGAGACGUAGUAGAUUGAGGAAAGGUCACUGAAUCUCUUUCUCUACAAGAGAGAGGAGACGCAGCGAGCCAACUCUCUCUCUCUCUCUCAACAAUCUUUUGCAGCAGGAGCAGGAGACAGGCGGCAGCUGCAUCGCAGUUUAUAUUCAACGCUUCUAUUUCUCCCAAAUUGGAAGGUAACUUAGGAUAAGGUUUUACACCGAACGUGGUGUUGCCUAACAAAACCCAUUGCCAUUAAAAGGGCUACGUAGAUAACAUUAGAAAGUACUAAAAAAACCCCGAGCAACACAAGGCCGAAGCCAUGCUCGCACCCUAACCAUGACCAUACCCCUUUGUCAUGAAGCAUGCACCAUAUCAUUUACCCACGAAACAGGACACCAUCACGAGCCCACAUCCGAACUCAUGGCGCCUGGCCUCCCUCCUCCAAGCCUCCACCCGCACCCAGUCGCGCCCACGAGGACGUGCUAUUCACGCCGUCAUCAUAACUUCCGGCCUCAAGCCAAGGGCCCACCUUCUCAACCUCCUCAUCGCUUUCUAUUGCAGCACCGAAGACUUAAAAUGCGCGCACCAUGUGUUCGACCGAAUGCCUCAAAGAGACGUGGUCGCACGCACCACCCUGCUUGCCGCUCAUGCGCGCUCCGGUGCCUUAGCAGUCGCGCACCAGAUUUUCGAUGAGAUGCCCACCCGCGAUGCAGUGGCCUAUAACGCCAUGAUCUCGGCCUAUGGCCACCAUGGCGAGUUUCGCGAGGCCUUAUCUCUCUUUAGGGCCAUGCUUGAGCAAGGCAAGCCUAGGCCUGAUGGGUUCACUUUUACAGCUGCUUUGAGUGCGUGCGCCGGGCUUGAGGACCAGAAUUUGAGUUCCCAGGUCCAUUGCCUUGCUUUGAAGGCAGGGUUAGCUCAUGUAACCUCGGUUUCAAAUGCUUUGAUAUCUGUCUAUGUAAAAAGUGGGGAAUUAGGGUUGGCUUCUAAGAUGUUUACUGAAUUGCUGAAGAGAGAUGAGAUUACAUGGACCACAAUGAUUACAGGAUUUGUUAGGAUUGGGGACCUUGAGGGCGCUCGUAGAGUGUUUGAAGUGAUGAGGGAUAGAUUUGAUGUGGCAUGGAAUGCGAUGAUUGCAGGGUAUGCACAACAUGGGUUGUGUAUGGAGGCCCUCGAUUUGUUUCGAGAUAUGUUUGGGAAGGACAUAAUGCUCGAUGAAUUUACAUAUACAAGCUUGCUUAGUGCAUGUGCAAAUAUAGGACUUGUGCGAACGGGCAUGGAGGCACAUGCUUACAUUGUACACAGAGAGGCAGAGAUAUCGUUGCCAGUGUGGAACGCGAUCAUAUCCUUGUAUGCAAAAUGUGGAAGAAUGGAGGUAGCAAUGAGAGUUUUCGAUGCAAUGAGAGAGAAAGAUUUGGUCUCAUGGAAUGCAGUGGUAUCUGGGUAUGCAACCUUAGGCAUGAUCACAGAGGCUCGAGAGAUUUUUGAGAAAAUGAUUGAAAGGAAUGAGCUUACUUGGACUGUGAUGAUAUCUGGGUCAGCUCAACAUGGCCAAGGUGAGGAGGGCCUGAGGCUUUUUAAUAGAAUGAGGCACGAGGACUCUAGGCCUUGCGAUUUUGCAUUCGCCGGGGCCCUUACAGCUUGUGCAUCGCUAGGAACUUUACGUCAUGGUGCACAACUUCAUGCCCAACUGAUACAAUUGGGGCUUGACGCUAGUGUAUCAGCAGGCAAUGCACUCAUGACCAUGUAUGCAAGGUGUGGUGCAGUGGAGUCAGCUGAGAGAGCCUUUCGAGUCAUGCCUACACCUGAUGCGGUGUCUUGGAAUGCAAUGAUUGCAGCCCUAGGGCAACAUGGUCGGGGGUCUGAGGCCAUAAUGCUAUUUGAGCGCAUGCUUGUGGCAGGGUACAAGCCUGAUAGGGUUACGUUCCUCACAGUGCUAUCGUCGUGUAGCCACUCUGGUCUAGUAAAUGAGGGCUGCAAAUAUUUCGACCUCAUGGACAGAGCCUAUGGCAUUAAGCCUGGGCCUGACCAUUAUGCUCGCUUGGUUGACCUAUUAGGACGGGCGGGCCGCCUCCAAGAGGCGAAACAAACUGUUGAAACCAUGCCAUUUUACCCUGAUGCUUGCAUUUGGGAGGCAUUGCUAGCUGGGUGCCGGAACCAUGGAGACAUGGAGCUUGGAUUGAUGGCGGCUGAGCGCCUCUUCGAAUUGAGGCCUCGACAUGACGGUACUUAUGUGUUGCUGUCGAACAUGUACGCAUCAAUAGGGAAAUGGGAAGGAGUGGCAAAGGUGAGGAAAACCAUGAAAGACAUGGGGGUGAAGAAGGAGCCAGGAUGUAGUUGGAUAGAGGUUGAUAACCAAGUUCAUGUGUUCUUGGUUGAUGAUACAGUGCACCCUUACGUGCACGAGGUGUAUGCAUUACUAGAGAAGCUUGGUGUGAGCAUGAAGAAGCUCGGUUACAUUCCUGAUACCCGGUUUGUAUUGCAUGAUGUGGGGUUGGAGCAAAAAGAAUAUGGCUUGUCGACACACAGUGAGAAAUUGGCAGUGGGUUUCGGGUUGUUGAAGUUGCCAAAGGGUUCAGAGAUUAGGGUCUUGAAGAACUUGAGGAUAUGUGGGGAUUGCCACACUGCAAUGAAGUUCAUGUCUAAGGUUGUGGAGAGGGAGAUCAUUGUGAGGGAUGGAAAGAGGUUCCACCAUUUUAAGCAUGGUGAAUGCUCUUGCAGAGACUAUUGGUGAGUGGACAUGGGAUACAGUUGGAUGUUGGUCUUUAUUCAUUCUUUCAUUCUUAGCCCACCAAUUGUGGGAUUAUGUCAACUCACAUUUGUGCUUGAAAUUCC